AUGGACAUGAAAAAUGAGAGAGUGAUUAAUCAUAAGUUCCAGGUGCAUCCCUUGGUUUUUGUGGAAGAGCAAAUCAAUGAAGCUGAUCGCAAAGCUCACUGCUCUGUAUGCAUGGAGGUGCUUUCAGGUCCAUGCUUUAGUUGUGCACUCUGCAAUUAUCACCUUCAUCAGAAAUGUGCGGAGGCACCCUAUUCAAUUUCCGAUCACCCUCUCCAUACCGACCGCCACUCAGAGCUUACAAGGGAUGAUUGCAAGAUCUGUUUCGAAGAAAUGAAACUAGAGUGUGGGAGUUACUCUUGUGUAAAGCCAGGUUGCAAUUACGUUGUUCAUGUGAAUUGUGCCUUGGAGGAUUCAAAUCUGUACGAGGUAAUUGAGGAAUAUUGCCGAUGUGAGGAACUCAAUGCAGAUACGCAGUCUUCCAUCACUCGUGUUAUUGAGGUGAAUGAAGAUGGGGAAGCCACAAAGAUUGAACAUUUCAGCCAUGAAGGUCAUUGCUUGGUGUUAGCAGACAAGAUGGAGGACGAAACUGAUAGAAAAUGUGAUGGGUUUUAUUAUUGUUCGGAAUCAGAUUGCCAUUUUUGUCUUCACAAAAAUUGUGCUGAGUUGCCAAGAAUCAAGCCUCUUUAG